UGCCCUCUUCAAAACAACAUUCUUGCCAUGCAAGCAUUUCUUUGCCAUUUUUAGGCACACUGACAAAUCAUGGGUAGACCUUAAGCCAGAGUACCGUCAAAGCCCAUAUAUAACUUUGGAUUUUAAUGUUACCUCAACACAGGAACCCCAGAGCAAUGAAACCAGCACUCAAGAAGACCUCGACUCGUAUGUUUUUAAUAGUCCUUUACCGUGCACAGAGAAGCAGUCACACAAUAGUGAGUCACAAUCAGGUGUAGAAGUCCAUCAGUGGCAUCUUCGUGAAAAUCUCAAAGUUUUGCAUGACAUAACAUAUAUUUUCACUAAUGAGGAGGCUAUCAAGAAUGCUUCCAGAGUUGUUCAUGGUCUUUGUGAGACCCUGAAAUUCUGUUUAUCCAAGGAACAUGGCCUGGUUCUCCAGCAACAAGAAACUGUCAAGCAAAAACUUAAAGAUUUGCCAAGUCGUUUGAAGAAGGCCAAAAAUAAAACUGUCAGGAAGCGAAAAAUGGUGGCAGAUACAAAUGAAGAUGAUGCACAUCUCCAUAAAAUGUCAAAAACAAAAAUCCUAGAAUCCCAAAGGACAGACGACUUGCAGAUGGACAAAAUCUCUGUUCAGAUAAAAAAGACAUGUGUGGAUCUCUCCAGAAAAGAAUUCACAAAAGCAGCCACAAUUACAGACAGUGACGGAUGUUCUCAUUUUUUUCACAGUGAGAAUGUACCCAUGCUGACAGAGGACAUGUCAUCAGAGGUCAGGUGUAUUUUGGCAAAACAAAACCCAACCCUGGUCAUCAGCACAGCCUUCAAACUGAGUAUAACACAGAGUGACUUAGCCACACUGGAGGAGGGUUGCUGGCUUAAUGACAAUGUAAUUGAUUUGAAAUCCCACACCAUCCAGUGCUAUGACUCAAUGGGUCAGAGACAUGAUGAUAUCUGUCACAUGCUGUUGAAGUACUUCACAGAGGAGUACAAGGUCAAGAAAGGAUGCAUCUUGGAGACUUACAGAUGGACCACUGGCCGAAUGAGAACUCAUGCAGUUCCUAGACAGACGAAUGGCAAUGACUGUGGUGUUUUUGCCUGUAAAUAUGCAGACUUCCUUUCACAAGGAAAUCAACUUACCUUCAGACAGUGUGACAUUCCACUCUUUAGAAAACUGAUGGUCUGGGAAAUAGCACAUGAGACUGCCCUGUAAGGCCUGAAUCAACUGGUUCUUCAAACUGCCAUCUUUGUUCUUUCUGUGUAAAUAAAGUGGA